AUGAGGCCAGACCAACAAUGGAUGUAUCAAAGGCGAACAAGAGGAUUAAUUGAUCCUAUGUUUAUAGUUGGAAUAAAUUCAUUUGUGGAGUUUGCUAAGGCUCACCUAAAUUGUCUUGAUGGUCAGUUGAUGAGAUGCCCAUGUAAUCAGAAGAAGUGUCGUAAUUGGAAAUUUUUGGAUAAAGAUACUAUUAAAUCACACAUUGCUAAGUAUGGUUUUGUAGAGAAUUAUGAAACCUGGAUCCAUCACGGGGAAAGUGACGAUAUUGAUGUUCUUAGUGAAAAUGCAGUAGUUGGAGAGGCGUUUGCUCAACAUGUUGGGGUUGAUAAUAUGACUCCAUUGGAGACCAUGAUUCGUGAUGCUGCUGGGCCUUCAUUUCAAUCAGAUGACUAUGAAGACAACCCAACUCCAUCAAUUCAACAUGUUUAUGACAUGCUUAGAGCAGAACAACAAGAGUUAUGGCCUAAUAAUCCUAAUGGAAUCUCAAAGUUGUCUGUUGUUGCUAGAUUAAUGAAUUUGAAGGCAGAACAUCAUUUUUCUGAAAGAUUGUAUGAUGAUUUUUGCCAAUUGAUGAAAGAAUGCCUCCCAACAGAUAAUGUUAUGGUUGAUGGAUUUUAUGAAACAAAACAGUUAGUUAGAGGGCUGGGGUUACCUGUUGAACAAAUUGACUGUUGCAAACGGGGCUGCAUGUUGUACUGGGGUGAAGAUAGUGAAUUGACGACUUGCAAAUUCUGCGACCAUGACAGGUUCAAGAAAGGUAGAAUUGAUACUGAUAGCCGAAAAGCAAAUAUAGCAUACAAGAAAAUGUUCUACUUUCCUUUGACUCCUCGUCUUCAGAGGUUGUAUGCAUCUAAUGCCACAGCCAAGCAUAUGGUAUGGCAUGAAAGACAUGAAAUGGAUAAUGAUGAUGUGAUGCGGCAUUGCUCAAAUUCUCUUGCAUGGAAGCACUUUAAUAGCAUGCAUCCAUCAUUUGCAUCUGAGUGCAGGAAUGUCAGAUUGGGUUUAUGUACAGAUGGGUUUCAACCAUUUGGGCAAUCUGGUCGGCAAUACUCAUCAUGGCUGGUGAUAAUCACACCAUACAAUUUACCACCUUGGAUGUGCAUGAAAGAAGAGUACAUGUUUCUCUCAAUAAUUGUUCCAGGUCCGUCAAAUCUAAAAGAUAAAUUGGAUGUAUUUCUACAACCUUUGGUAGCUGAGUUGAAAGAUUUAUGGGAGGUUGGAGUAGAGACUUAUGAUGUAGCUAGAAAGCAAAAUUUUAUGAUGAAAGCUGCAUUAUUGUGGACAAUUAAUGAUUUUCCAGCCUACUCAAUGUUGUCUGGUUGGAGUACAACAGGAAAAUUAGCAUGCCCAUACUGCAUGGAGGAUUUCGAUGCUUUUACCCUAACAAAAGGUGGAAAGGCAUCAUGGUUUGAUAAUCAUCGUAAAUUUUUGUCUCCAGAUCAUCCUUACAGAAGGAAUAAGAAAAGGUUUAGGAAAGGAAAUGUAAUAAAGAAAUGUGCACCUCGAGUCAAAUCUGGAUUUGAAAUACUCAAAGAAAUUGAGAGCUUUGGGCUUUAA